CCAAAUCUGAGAAGGGAAGAGAAAAGUUGCAGUGAGAGAGAAAUGGAGGAAGAGAUAAGGAAUUUCAUCAAGGUAUGGAUUCUGGCCUUGGCAUCUCUCUGCUACUGUUACUACAUAUCAGCAAAGAUCUCUAGGGGUCUCCCAAGGUUUCUUUCCCUCAUCCCUGUUUUCUACAUCUUCACCCUUCUCCCCUUCAGCCUCUAUUCCGCCAGUCUCGGUGGGUUGACCGCCACCUUCCUCCUAUGGCUUGGCAAUUUCAAGCUCCUCCUCUUCUCUCUUGAUCAAGGCCCUCUAUCCCUACCCCCACACAAACUUUCCCAUUUCAUUAUCACUGCUUGUCUUCCCAUCCAAGUCAAACAAAACCCACCUUCAAAAACAUUCCAAAAAACAACUCCACAUCCAAACCCUCCAAGUGUUCCUAGGCCAAUUCAAUGGGGUGUAAAGCUAUUGCUUCUAGCUCUUGUUUAUCAUGUGUAUAACUAUAGACAACAUUUACCCAAAACUGUGCUUGUACCCAUUUACUGCUUGCAAAUUUAUCUUCUAGUUGAACUUCUCUUAGACACCUCUGCCGCUCCAGUUAGAGCCUUCCUAAGGGUUGAGCUUGAGCCACAGUUCAAUGACCCUUACUUAGCCACAUCACUCCAGGACUUCUGGGGCCGUAGGUGGAAUCUCGUGGUCAGCGGUAUUCUACGCCCCACCAUAUAUGACCCUAUACGCCGUAUUUCUACCGGUAGAGUUGGACCGAGGUGGGCUGCUUUGCCGGCUGUCAUUGCCGCAUUUGUUGUCUCGGGUCUAAUGCACGAGUUAAUCUACUAUCAUCUUACAAGAGUGCGUCCCACAUGGGAGGUCACAUGGUUCUUCAUCAUACAUGGAAUUUGUGUGACUAUGGAGGUGGCAGUGAAGAAGGUAGUAAGGGAGAGGUGGCAGCUGAAUCCGGUGAUUUCAAGGCCAUUAACGGCAGUGUUCAUGGCAGCGACCGGGCAUUGGCUUUUCUUUCCACAAAUUUUGCGGAAUGGUAUUGACGAGAAGCUCAAAAGGGAAUUCUCAAUGUUUUUAGACUUUGUGAGGGGCAUUGGCUUUGCAGCAAUAUACAGAGGCACCUAGCCAAGAUUGGUACUUAAAGUGAAUUUUCAAUGUGGGUUGUGACAACCCUUGUAUUUCAUUUAAGUUGUGUUCAGAACAUAUAUUUGAAUUUAUAAUGUGUAUUUUAAAAAACAUGAAAUUUAAAA